AUGCGGACCCAGCAGGGCUCUGGGCCCUUGCCCCUGCCGGGGCCAGCUGUGGCAGCAGCGGGCCAGACCAGCUCUGGACUCCCUGGAUCUCCUGGUUCGGACUCGGACAGCGGUACCCCUACCAGGGGAGAGGAGGGGUGUGGUGGGAGGAAGGAGGAAGGAGGAGGGGGGGGGUGGGGGUAUGGGGGAAAGAUGGGGGGCAGGAGAGGAGGAGGGAUGGGGAGCCUAGGAGGUACUCUCAGGGGGGUCCUCUCCCACUAUUGGAGCCUGGAGAGCCUGCACUCCACCACUGCGGUGAUAGUACCAGAUGGAAGUGGAGAGAAGGCCGGUCUGGGUCUGUGUGAUGAUCUAGGCAGUGAUGAAGACCUGUAUGAAGAGUUCGCAGCUCCGGACAUCGCUGUGGGACACCCAGGGGGAGGGGGAUAUAGAGAGCAGUUGUUGCUUCAUGAGCUGAUCAGUGAUGGCAGCUGUGUGUACGCCGAGGCUCUCUGGGACCAUGUCACCAUGGACGACCAGGAGCUGGGCUUCAAGGCGGGGGACGUCAUCGAGGUAGUGGAUGCCACCAACAAGGAGUGGUGGUGGGGACGCAUCCUGGACAGUGAGGGCUGGUUCCCAGCGAGCUUUGUUCGGUUGCGUGUGAACCAGGAUGAGCCCAUGGAGGAAUACCUAGCCCAGCUAGAGGAGGCUGGGGCUGGGGAAGAGGACCGGCCAGGGGUGGGUCUGAUCCUGGGACCAGGCCUGCCGUGUAAGGACCAGAUGAGAACUAACGUUAUCAAUGAGAUCAUGAGCACAGAGAGGGACUACAUCAAACACCUCAAAGACAUCUGUGAGGGUUACAUCAAACAGUGCCGUAAGAGGAUAGACAUGUUCACAGAGGAGCAACUGCGGUGUAUAUUCGGCAACAUCGAAGACAUCUACCGCUUCCAGAAGAAGUUACUGAAAGGUCUGGAGAAGAAGUUCAACAAGGAGCAGCCGCACCUCAGCGAGAUCGGAUCCUGCUUCCUCGAACACCAAACAGACUUCCAGAUCUACUCUGAGUACUGUAACAACCACCCCAACGCCUGUGUGCAGUUGUCCAGACUGAUGAAGACCAACAAGUACGUGUUCUUCUUCGAGGCCUGUCGUCUGCUGCAGAAGAUGAUUGACAUCUCGCUGGAUGGGUUCCUGCUCACGCCCGUCCAGAAGAUCUGCAAGUACCCUCUGCAGCUGGCCGAGCUACUGAAAUACACCAACCCUCAGCAUAGGGACUAUAAGGACGUGGAGGCUGCCUUGAACGCCAUGAAGAACGUGGCCAGGCUGAUCAACGAGAGGAAGCGGCGCCUGGAGAACAUCGACAAGAUCGCCCAAUGGCAGAGCUCCAUAGAGGACUGGGAGGGAGAAGACAUCCUCAGUAUGAGUUCAGAUCUGAUCUUCUCUGGAGAGCUGACAAAACUCUCCCAGCCUCAGGCCAAGAGCCAGCAGCGCAUGUUCUUCCUCUUCGACCACCAGAUGGUCUACUGCAAAAAGGACCUCCUGCGCAGGGACAUGCUGUACUAUAAGGGUCGUAUGGACAUGGACCAGAUGGAGGUGGUGGAUGUGGAGGAUGGGAAGGAGAAGGACUUCAACGUGUCGGUGAAGAACGCUCUGAAGCUGCGCUCGCUGGCGGGGGACGAGGUCCACCUGCUGUGUGCCAAGAAGCCUGAGCAGAAACAACGCUGGCUCCGAGCCUUCCAGGACGAGAGGACGCAGGUGCAGCACGACCUCGAAACAGGAUUCUCCAUCACUGAGGUCCAGAAGAAACAGGCCAUGCUGAACGCCUGCAAAAGCCAUCCAGCUGGGAAGCCCAAAGCGGUGACCCGGCCCUACUAUGACUUCCUGCUGCGUCAGAAGCACCCGUCUCUGCCCAGCACCGUUCCCCAGCAGCAGGUCUUCAUGCUGGCUGAGCCCAAACGCAAGGCAACCACCUUCUGGCAAAACAUCGGCAGACUGACGCCUUUCAAGAAGUGAAACGUCGGAGAGGAGAGGAGGAUUAGAGGAGAAAGGCUAACGCCUGAACUGACUUUUUUAUCCCCGAUCCUUUUUUUUCCUUCUCUCGUUUGUUCUUUGUUAUACAUGAUGUUAUCCUAAUUCAUAUACUGAUUAUUGUGAAAGAUCAACAUGAUGAUGAUGAUGAUGAUAUUUUUUCUUUGAGAAAGCACUUUAUAGGUUGGUUACAAUCAGACUUGGGAAUAGUUCUCCCGGACAUCGUGUAUACGUUGGGAGAAUGUUACUAGGACUAUUAUACCUGCUACUGCUACUACAACUUCAACCAAGCACCGAUUGGUACUAAUAUUACUACUGCUGUGUGAUCAUGUGACUGCCAAUGAGGCUCCUCUUUUUGGAAAGACGUUGACUGACGCAACUAAAUGAUUUUUUCCCAGUGUUUUUGUUUUGUUUCGACAAAUGCCAACUGUUCACAGUGCCAGAUCAAUUUUGCUUUUGUAUUUAAGUUUGUGCUGUGUCUGCUAUUGAAAAAAAGGUGAAAAAGGGGGAUAAAGUUUAUUGUACUUCUCUUUGUGCAAA